CCAUACAUCUCCACUCGUCGGUCUGUCCCUACCUCCUCCUCGCCGGCGCCGCUCGCUCGCUCUUCGUAAUUUAGUUGUUAGCUAGGAAGAAGAAGAAGGCAUGGCCGCGUCGGCGCUGCACCAGACCACCGGCUUCCUCGGCACCGCGCCGCGGCGCGAUGAGCUCGUCCGCCGCGUCGGCGACUCCGGCGGCCGCAUCACCAUGCGCCGCACCGUCAAGAGCGCGCCCCAGAGCAUCUGGUAUGGACCGGACCGUCCCAAGUACCUGGGCCCGUUCUCGGAGCAGACGCCAUCGUACCUGACCGGCGAGUUCCCCGGCGACUACGGGUGGGACACGGCGGGGCUGUCGGCGGACCCGGAGACGUUCGCGAGGAACAGGGAGCUGGAGGUGAUCCACUCGCGGUGGGCGAUGCUGGGGGCGCUGGGGUGCGUGUUCCCGGAAAUCCUGUCCAAGAACGGCGUCAAGUUCGGCGAGGCGGUGUGGUUCAAGGCCGGCGCGCAGAUCUUCUCGGAGGGCGGGCUGGACUACCUGGGCAACCCCAACCUGGUGCACGCGCAGAGCAUCCUCGCCAUCUGGGCGGUCCAGGUGGUGCUCAUGGGCUUCGUCGAGGGCUACCGCGUCGGCGGCGGCCCGCUCGGCGAGGGCCUCGACAAGGUCUACCCCGGCGGCGCCUUCGACCCGCUCGGCCUCGCCGACGACCCGGACACCUUCGCCGAGCUCAAGGUGAAGGAGCUCAAGAACGGCCGCCUCGCCAUGUUCUCCAUGUUCGGCUUCUUCGUGCAGGCCAUCGUCACCGGCAAGGGCCCCAUCGAGAACCUCUUCGACCACGUCGCCGACCCCGCCGCCAACAACGCCUGGGCCUACGCCACCAACUUCGUCCCCGGCAAGUGAAAAACGCGAGAUCGAUGGUGCAUCCGUCCCGUCCAAUGCGGUGUCCACUUGUAGUAGCCACACCCACCCUGCUUGCAGUUGCAUGCAGCCGUGCGUGUUUGUAACAUCAGUUGUGUGUGUGAUCGAGCAGAGUGUGCUAGCUUGCAUCGAUGUAACGUAAUCAAGCAGCAGACCGUGCAGGAAAGGAUGAAGUAAUCAUGUACCGUUAGUGAUCAAUCGUCGCUUAAUUUUGUUCGUGCCUCGCA